AUGAUGAUGACAAUGGCGAAUGCAUCCGAAUUCGGUUCCGAAGACCACUAUGACACUCCUUGGGAAUUUCUAGCCCGUCCCAACUCUGUCAGAUUCUCCACGGCUGAUGUGAGACUGUCGACUACGGCGACUGGCGAUGCGAAGGUGUCUCCGCAUGGCUCACCUUCGAUGUGCUCCAGCUCCUCGUUCGUCAAUCAACUCGUUCAAUGUGGUAACUCGGCAGUGGAUAGAAGGAAAAGGGAUGAAAGUAAACGGAGACGACCUAGCGACUCUGAAAUCUACAUGGAGCAAAACAUGAAUCGAGUGGAGGCGGAGAAACGGUUAGAGAAUCGUCACUUGGGUGAUUAUUUAUUGAGAUCACGUGGAGAGGGAAGUGCUGCGUUGUCAUUGAGAGCAACCAAAGGAGUUGUUCAUAUCAAGAUUGAGUGGAAUGGAGAGAAAUGGGUUAUUGGCGAAGGUCCUCUAUUCCGUUCAAUAAGCUCUGCGAUCUCCUUCUAUCGACGUCAUCCUCUCCCGAUACGUGGCGCCGACCAUUUGGUUUUGAAGCACCAAUUAAAACCUAAUUAG